CUAUCGCCUACACUCUCCUUCUCUUCCGCAGAAGCCGUGUGCCAAAACGCGCGAAGCUCUGCAAUUAAUCUUCUCAUCCCAAUCGGAAAUCCAAACUUCCGAGAAAUUUUAACGAUUUAUUCUCAAAGUUUGUUCGACAAACUGAGCUGUUUCGAUCUCUCUCUCGCUCGCUCCUGUUUCGUAAUUGGAAUCGCGUCGGAAGGUUUGGGUAUGGCGGACGGCUUUGUUUUCAAACCAGAGCAUGAUAAUCCGUCGGAUUGCCCCGGGACAUCGGCUGAUUUGUUGUCUUCUCUGUUUCAGAGGAGGAUGGAUUUUCAUCCGGCUAGGAAGAGUUUCAAUGGGUUUGAUAACGGCGGCGGCGAUUUUCGAUUCGAGACCCUAAACCCCAGUAGCUCACUUGCUCACAAAUCUGGUUCUAAUGUGGAUCACUCAGCUUCCAAGGGGAAGAAGAUGGAUGGGUCUGAGCUUUUAGAGAAUGGGUUGGACCCCGAGCUCAGUUUCGAGAUCACCUUUCGCCGAAUUGGUGCUGGUUUGCAAAAUCUUGGGAACACCUGUUUUCUUAACUCAGUGUUGCAGUGUUUGACGUAUACAGAGCCUUUGGCUGCAUAUCUUCAAAGCGGGAAGCAUCAAAAUUCUUGCCAUGUAGCUGGAUUCUGUGCGCUAUGUGCCAUUCAGAAGCAUGUUAGUCGUGCUUUGCAGUCAAGUGGGAGAAUAUUAGCACCAAAGGAUCUUGUUUCUAAUUUACGAUGUAUAUCUCGUAACUUCAGAAAUGCUAGACAAGAAGAUGCUCAUGAAUACAUGGUAAACUUGCUGGAAUCCAUGCAUAGGUGUUGCUUGCCUUUGGGCCUGCCAAGUGAAUCUCCUAGUGCCUAUGAGAAGAGUUUGGUACACAAGAUUUUUGGUGGUCGCCUUCGAAGUCAGGUCAAAUGCAUGCAAUGUUCUUAUUGCUCCAACACAUUUGAUCCAUUUUUAGAUUUAAGUCUUGACAUAGUGAAGGCAGAUUCAAUAUAUAAAGCAUUCAAAAACUUCACUACUCCCGAGCUGUUGGAUGGAGGGGAAAGGCAGUAUCAAUGUCAACGAUGCAAGCAAAAAGUUAAGGCUCUUAAGCAGUUCACAGUUCACAAGGCUCCCUAUGUCUUAACUAUUCAUCUAAAGCGGUUCCAAUCAUAUAAUCUUGAAGAAAAGAUCCACAAAAAGAUUCAGUUUGGCCCUACAUUAGAUCUGAAACCUUUUGUCAGUGGUUCAUAUGCUGAUGGAGAUUUGAAGUACACUCUUUAUGGGGUUCUGGUCCAUCAUGGUGGUAGCACCCGUAGUGGUCACUACUAUUGUUAUGUUCGAACAUCCAGUGGCAUGUGGUAUGCCCUUGAUGAUAAUCGGGUUUCACACGUUGGUGACAGGACUGUUUUUGAGCAGCAGGCAUACAUGUUAUUUUAUGUACGUGAUAGAAGAAAAGUUGUUCAGAAAAAAUCAAUCGAUAUUGCUUUGAAAGAGAAUAUGAAAAUGUCUACCAGUUCAAAUAGAAGCGAUUCCGUUGUCAACCAAGGUCUGAAGGACAACUGUGCACAAAAUUGUACAUUUGAAAAAAAAUUAAAUGGCCCUACCAGCGAUGAAUUGAGAAAAGAGUCAAAAGACUCACCAAACAUGGGUCCAUCAAAAACAAAAAUUUCGAAUGGACCAUCAGUCCAGAUAGAAAUUGAACAGGCAAGCACGGAAUGCUCGGUACCAGUAACAGUAUCCAUGCCGACAUAUUCUUCAAGGGGAGUCUUGCCACUAAAAACAUUCAGCGAGGAUAUUAUGCCAAACUCAAGUCCAGCUGAAGAUUUAACAUCUUUACCCGUAUGUAUGAACAACAACUUUGUUGCUACUAAUUCCGUAAGCUCUUUGGCCAGAGCAGCUGAUAUAGAAAUCGGCCAUGUCAAUAGAGGCCUGGGUGUCUUAGUUGCUACUUCUCUCAAUCUAAUUGAUCCCAACACUUCUGCCAUUCCACAGGCUGAGCUUCUGGUUUCACAUGUGCAGAAUGGUAAUGCUGCUUUAACCGAAGAGUCUGGCUGUAAAACGUUAGAGAAAUCUUACCCGGAGAUAUUACCAGAUCAACCAAAGUCGGAAAGUAGCAAGGUUGAUAUACCAAAUCAAAAGUUUGUUGGUAACUUGUCUUCUGAGGAUGCUUCUGAUUGUAAAAAAUUGAUGCCCGAUGAGUCAAAUAAAAUGUCAACUUCUUCAAUUAUGACAUCUGAAUUGUUGGUCACAAAAACUCCUGAUUCUAAGCAUGGCAGAAGAUUGAAAAGGAAAAAUUUGAAGUACCAUCUAGGAAGUUUGCAUCUCAGCUCAAACAUUCUUUUCAAGGCAUCUUUGAGCCUGUGUAAAAAGAGGAAACAUAAAAGGAAAAAGCGCCAAUCUGCAGGGUCCAAAAAUCUCACCGAGGAAAGCUUGUCUAGUACAGAUGGCAUCUCAUCUGAUCUUGGUCCAUCUACAUCCGAGAAAGCCAAGUCCAUUUACUUAGUUUCAACUUGUAAGUCCAGGAAGAAGGCUAAGCAUGGUUCUAGAGAAGGUAAUGGUAUUUCCACAAAGAAUGAAGCUCAUAAUGUGGAGGAGCUGACUGAUAUAGUUGAUAAAGGAAGUGGAAAAAGAAGUAAAGAGGAAAGUUCUGAGCUUGCAACAAAGAAAAAAUUGAACUGUAGCAGUGACUCUAUCAUAGUAGCUAAUCACAAGGAAUCCAUUGAAGUGAAUUUCCCAAAAGAUAGAAAGAUAAACGCUAAUCAAGAUGGCUUCCGUUGUGUUCUUACCAAUGGUUUUCAAAAUACAGUUGUCGAGCAGUGGGAUGGGACAAAAAUGCCAUCAUUUGAGAAUGGGUUCAGUGGCAUGGAGACUAUAAGAAGCAUCGGCUAUGUUGCAGAUGAAUGGGACGAAGAAUAUGAUCAAGGGAAGAGGAAGAAGAUUCGAGAAUUUAAACACUCGUUCGGUGGACCAAAUCCUUUCCAAGAGAUUGCUACCAAGAAAUCGCAGUUCAAGAAGCUAAAGCUGGACAGAUCUGGCUCUGCAAAAGAACCAUUUAGGAUAUGAAGGAACAAGGGACGUGCCCACAGGCUUCAAGUUCUCACUUGACCAACCACUGCGGGUACUUAUAGCAAUUUUGAUGUAGCAUUCUUGUUGGGUUCUAAAUGGUCCAUUGAUCAAGUGUUUUUGUUUCCCCUUUGGGAAAAGAGAGUAGAAUUUUAGAUUUUUUUUCAUAUGAAUUUGACUCCCUGUUCCYGAGUACUUCAUGAUAAUGAGACGGAGAAUUAUGUAACUUGGAUAUUGUUUUAUCAAGAAACAGUAUGAGUUUUCUGUUUCCA